GGGGCGGGUGCAGGGCGAGUGUGUCACAUCCGCUCCCUCCUCAGGUGAUCCAGCACUGAACGCGCGCCAUUCUACAAGCUCCUCCCUCUCCUGUGGAACACCUGGACUAAACCGCGCCCCCCAUAGGCCUCCUCGCUGGUCGUCAUGGUAACUGCCGUGAGAGGAGGGGGGAGCGGAUCUCGGGAGGGGCUUAGCGGAGUCCUUCCCAGCUUGGCACACGUUUGCCAGUCCCGGGCGAGGCGUCCGAGUGGCUGAGGGGAGCCCUGGCACCAUGGACCCUGAGGCUGAUAACGAUGUUUUCCUCCCUGAGGGCAGCACGGUUCUCCCCAAUCAGUUCUUACAUGAGUUACCGAGUUACCAGUCCCUGCUGCGAAGGAAUCCAUCAAAUUAUGGAACCAUGGAGUCGAGGAGGGGCAGCCGACGUAAACAGACACUGUCCCGGGGGCUCAGUCAGCUGGACACUGUGGAUACCGAUCUCAGUACUCCUCCUCGAGAGUUUGCCCUCAGCAUGCAGGAAAAAAGAAAAUUAAGGGAUGAACAGAUGAAGUAUUCCCAGAACACGACAGGCUGGACUCUGUGGAAAGACAACACUAGAAAUUUUAGCCGGAAAUUCCGAUAUGAUACUUUUGCCUUCCUAAAACAUUUGUGGCUCUGGAGGUCCAAUAUUCAUGAUAUUGAGGGUAAAUUUGGCACAGGUAUCGGGUCUUACUUCUCGUUUCUGAGAUUUGUAGUGCUACUGAAUUUUGUCAUUUUCCUGUUGAUGUUCUGUUUUACAAUCCUGCCACUUGUCAUUUCUAAACUGGAGGUUUUCAACAGCACCCAGAUAUCCCUUGCUGAAACUGCAUGUUCAAAAUACUCACCACCUAAACAAGUACUGAAAUAUUUCUACAGUAAUAUUGUGGACCUGCUCUCUGGAACGGGAUUCCUUGAAAUUACAUAUCUGUUCUACGGAUUUUACACUAUAGACUCUGUCACAGUUUACGAUUUUAGGUAUAGUCUACCACUAGCCUACGUACUGGUCACGAUUGUCUACCUAUUGUUAAGCAUUUUUUGGAUUGUAAAAAGGGCAGUAGCAGGCUUUAAACGUAGCCUUGUAAAUGAUGAAGAUAGAUUUCAGAGCUUCUGCAAUAAAAUAUUUGCCGGCUGGGAUUUCUGUAUUAAAGACCAAUACUAUGCUCGUCUAAAGCACGGCAGUUUGCUGCAUGAGUUGCAGACGGAUUUGGCAGAAGAAAGGUUGCGACACAGAAAGCAGAAGCGAACACAGAGAGAAACCAUUAAAAUCUAUUCCUUGAGAAUUUUCAUGAACAUUAUUGUCAUCACAGUGUUGUGUUGCUGCUUCUAUGCAAUCUACUUGGCUACAGUCUAUUCGCAGGAAAAAAGCAAUGCUAGCACACAAAAGGAUGACCGGCUGAGCCUGCUGGUGGAGUAUCUUCCAUCCAUUGUGAUCACCAUUGCCAACUUCAUCACUCCAAUCAUCUUUGAAAUAAUAGUACGAUAUGAGGAUUAUUCUCCUGCCUUUGAGAUCCGCUUUACACUUAUAAGGUGUGUCUUUGUACGGUUGGCCAGCAUUGCUGUACUGCUUGUCUCUCUAUUGACUAAAAUUACUUCCUGCUCAAAACAAAGUUGCCAGAAUUGUGGAUACAACUAUGAAGACUAUCCAUGUUGGGAAACAAGAGUUGGGCAAGAAAUGUACAAGCUGAUGAUCUUUGACUUUUUAAUAAUUUUGGCAGUGACCAUAUUUGUAGAGUUUCCAAGAAAGUUGCUGGUGACAAAUUGGUCAUGGAAACCAUUUCAGUGGUGGGGUCAGCAGGAGUUUGAGAUUCCUCAGAAUGUACUGGAGCUGGUUUACGGACAAACUAUUUGCUGGAUCGGGGCUUUCUAUUCCCCACUUCUUCCAGCUAUAGCAACUAUAAAAUAUUUCAUAAUAUUUUAUGUUAAAAAGGUUACUUUGAUGGAAAAUUGUAGACCACCAACUAGACUUUUCCGUGCUUCCAGUUCCAAUUUUUUUUUCCUGGUGAUAUUACUGAUUGGUCUUAUCCUCGCCUGCAUUCCUGUGGGUGUUGGAAUAGCACAGAUACAGUCUUCUAAAGCAUGUGGCCCCUUCAUAAACUACACAACAUCCUGGCAAAUUGUACCGCAUACUGUGGAAACUUUUCCAGACGGCCUCAAGAAAACUAUUUAUGUCCUUACAUCAGAGUCUUUUGCUGUUCCAUUUUUCCUGCUGACAUGUUUGGUUAUGUUCUAUUUUAUUGCUCUGGCUGGAGCCCAUAGAAAAGUAGUGGAGCAGCUGCAGGAACAGCUAGCCAUGGAAAGCAGAGACAAAAUGUUCCUGAUCCGACGCCUGGCAGAAGCUCACAGCAUCCAUAUCUAGCAAAAUUAUGGGAAAUGAACUCAACAAAACUGUUACUACUGGUACAAGAGGUCACGAUACUCAGGCUGCGUUCACACGGCCGUCUAGAUCCGUCCUGUUCUUCUCCGACUUUGAGAAAAAAUGGACAAUAACGGAUGCAAACUGAUGUUAUCAGUUUGUAUCGAUUUGGAUCCGUUAUUGUUCAGUUAACAAACAAAAAAAUAUAUAUAUUUUUUUUUGUUCUGAGCAUGCUUAAAAGUAAAAACUGAUCAAAAAACACAUUGAAAAAAACGGAUGCAAACGGAUUACAUAAAAGGCUCAUCUGUUUUCCAUAGACUUCAAUGUAAAAUUUUACUGUAUCCGUUUUUUCUUUUGUUUUUUUGAUGGAAGAAAAAAUGCUGCAUGUGCCGUUUUUCCUGCCGUCAAAAAAACGGAAAUGGGUACAAACGGAUUGACACGAAUGGGAUUUAAAAAAAAAUGUUUUUGAUCCGUUUACAGCCUGCAAGAAUGGAACCGAAACGGGGCUAAAAAAAACUGGGACAGACGGCCGUGUGAACAUAAAAAUGCACUUUAUAAAAUGCAGACGAAAGUGUGUGUUCAUAUCUAACAACCAAAUUAAGGUGUAAGCUGUUUACCGAUUUAAAGGGAACCUGUCUGCUUCUUUACGCUGCCCUCUAUUCUCCUACCCAGCCACUGCUGAUUGACAUCUUUCAUUACUGUCUAGAUAGAAACAGCUGUCAAGGGGGUCAGGGAAGCCUGCAUCACAAAAAUACAUAAGGUUCCCGCUUCAUACCAUUGGCAUUGUGCUGCAACCAUCAAACUACCGCAACCAUAAACUACCGCAUAUUCACACACAAGUCAUAGACCUCCAAUGUCAGUAUAUCUGUCACUACUAGGCUGACCUUCAAGCAUCAAAACUGAAUACAGCUCUUUACUUCAGUGUUUUUUCUAUUUAUUUAUUUUACAUUGUAAAUAGUCAGAAUAUGAACUGAGGCCUUGUAUGUGUCAUCUGGCGUAGAACCCAACUUCAACAACAAGAGGCUUUAAUGGGGUCGUCUACUAUGGAGAAUCUGUUAUUUUUAGGAUUCCCUGACAAUUGAACACAGGGUAUCCUGCUGCCACCAUUGACUAGCAGCAAGUGUUCAGUUUCCCUGCAAUGCCAGCAUAGGUAAAAUAAGGCACUAGAUCAGUGGUCUCAAACUGCUGCCCUCCAGAUGUUGCAAAACUACAACUCCAAGCAUGCCCGGAGUUGUAGUUUCGCAACAUCUGGAGGGCCGCAGUUUGAGGCCACUGCACUAGAUGGUUCUUUUCUUAGGUUGUCUGUCAUGCAUGAAGAUGCUGGGUGAUUCAGAACAGAAUAUACUCUUUGUAGCUACACUCCACUGUGCCCCAUAAUGUCCUCAAAGUUGGAACAUUGAUAACUCCAUCUCAUAGUAUUUUAUUAGGAUAUCAUAAUCCUAUACGAUCAGAGACGGUCUGCCCUGUGGGGCUGUCACCAACUCUAAGAAGGGGCCACUGAACUGAGGUUUCAUCACUGUUUAUUUCUUGCAUAGUCGUGCUCUGGAUUCUCAGCUCUACAGGAAACUGCAGCUGCCUCUCCAACUUAAAAGGGUACUCCGGUGGAAAAAUUUUUUUUUUUUUUUUUUUUUUUUAUGAACUGGUGCCAGAAAGAUUUGUAAAUUACUUCUGUUAAAAAAUCUUUAUCCUUCCAAUACUUAUUAGCAGCAGUAUGCUACAGAGGAAAUUCUUUUGCUUUUUGAAUUUAUUUUCUGUCUGACCACAGUGCUCUCUGCUGACACCUCUGUCCAUGUCAGGAACUGUCCAGAGCAGCAUAGGUUUGCUAUGGGGAUUUUCUCCUGCUCUGGACAGCUCCUUAUACGGGCAUCAGGUGUCAGCAGAGAGCACUGUGGACAAGACAAAAAAUAAAUUCAAAAAGCAAAGAAUUUCCCCUGUAACAUACAGCUGCUUGUAUGCUUGUGAUUUUUAAAUAGAAGUAAUUUACAAAUCUGUUUAACUUUCUGGCACCAAUUCAUUAAAAAAAAAAAAAAAGUUUUCUACUGGAGUACCCCUUUAGAUGGAUGAGUUUUCUAGUUCCCCUGCACAGUGUGUGGCCAAUCACCACUGUCCAGGUGAGACUGUAAAAGAACAGCAGAGAUGAAUCAGCAGGGUGGUCUCUUUAUUGUCAGAAUCAGUGGGACUUACAGUCAUAGGUUAUGUUCACAUGGUUAUAAGAAUCGCAUGUUUUUUUUGGGUGUUUAAGCUUUUUUUUCCCUCUUUUAAACACUCCCAUAAAUCAGCUUUUCCCAUCCAGGGUGCCUCCAGAUGUUGCAAAACUACAACUCCCAGCAUGCCUGGACAGCCAAAGGCUGUCCAGGCAUGCUAAGAGUUGUAGUUUUGCAACAUCUGGAGGCACCCUGGAUGGGAAACACUGCCAUAAAGUGAUGGCUUAUCUCGGUCAUACUCCUUUUACAGGCAUUUGAAAUUAUUUUUAAACCAGUUUUUUUUAAUAAAAUGCAUAUGAAAGGUGUCACAUAUUUACUAAAGACAUUUUUUUGUGCUAGUACUGUUAAGAAAUUCUUUUUACCAUUUCAUAUCUACAUUUCAAAGUAGCCUUGAAGCUACAUUUUUCCCUUAAUACUAGGAAGCUCAUUUCUAGCAAUUUUCCUUAGUAAUUGCAUUAGUCAGAAUAUAUAUAAUAUGUAUAUAGAGGAAUUGAUAUAGAGAGCUUUAUCAAGUCUUGUGGAAUAGCUGGCCAUAGCAACCAAUCAGAUUCCAGCUUUUAUUAUCUAGCAGUCUUCUUGGGGAAAAUGGAAUCUGGUUGCUAUGGGCAACAAUUAAACUCUUUCUUUGCACAAUGUUUGGUACGUCUCCCCCAUUGAGGUGAAAUGUUCACAUAUUCAUUCAUGCCUGGGCAUACAGUGAGCAUCUAAUAGCCAAGCUGCUAGUCACCUGCUGCUCACAGUGUAGACUGUUAAAGCGACACUAAAAUAAGCCAGUCAGAUGGGAACAUGUAAAUUCGCCUUUAACUACUAAGAUUUAUUAUGCUUAAAGGGGUUCUCUGGCGCUUAGACAUCUUAUCCCCUAUCCUUUGGAUAGGGGAUAAGAUGUCUAAGCACCGGAGAACCCCUUUAACGCAACUGACCUAUGACUAGCAAUCUGCCUUUUUUAUAGAUUUACUAUGUGACUGAAAAUAUACAUUUUGUCUAAAUUGCAGAGAAAUAUAUGUUUGUGUUUUUGUACUUCAUGUAGUGUAUGCUGUUUUCUUUUCUAUGUUUCUGGGAAAUGUAAUGCAUUAAAGGGGUUGUCAGAGCAUGAAAACACAUUUAUAUAUGGCUUAGGGUGAUGUAAAUGUUAUAUAUAUAUAUAUAUAUAUAUAUAUAUAUAUAUUAUAGCCAUACUUGCCUCCCACAGCUGCUUUUCCAUCGGCUCCCAGUCCCUGCUCAUUACCAUUUCUAUGUGGUUCUUGUGACGUGUUGCUCUGCAGGAACUGCCCUGCUCAGCUGUGUCCCACCUCAUCCAGUGACUGGCUAAGCAGGAAGUUCAUGUCGGAUGACGUCACAGGAAUGAGGAAGAAAAUAUGACAAGCAUGGCUGCUGCAGGGGAUGAGGGUAGGUGAGUAUGACUUUUAUUUUUACACCAUCCCCAGCCAUAUAUCAACACUAUUUUAACUCCAGACAACCCUAAUAACAUGUUUUACUACAAAGCAACAUGGGCUAAGCCAAUUUUCACAAUAUAAUAAAGCACUGGAAAGUACAAUAAGCCAUUAUUACUUUUUCUUGGGGAUUCUGUAUUUGUGUUGUAGUUUACUUUUCAUUUUCUUAAUUGUUACAGGUCUCUAAAAUAUAUAAGUGGGAGAAAAAAAAUUAAAUAUUCAACUUUUGUCUGCCAAAGAACAUUGAUGUUAUGGUCAUGAAAUAAAUAUAUUUGAUAUUGCCUUUGUUUGUUUUGUAAAGU